GUUUAAUUUUUUAGUAUAAAAACACUCCCAUGAAAUGUAAACAACAUCAGUUAACUUUAACAAUUUCAGCUAUUAAGCAUUCAUAGCACAAAAUUUUAAAUAUUAAAUAUUAAAAAUGUUCAAAUUCGUGAUUCUUUCCUGCUUUAUUGCUGUAGCAGUUGCCCGUCCAGGUGUACUCCAUGGUGCUCCUGAACUAAGAACAAUUUCUGUUCACAGCGAAAUCCCAGUUGUUAAAACAAAAUUGAUCCAUGAACCAGCAACAGUUGAAGUAAAAGAACAUACAAUUGAAAAAAUUGGAGAACAUGUUGAAAGAUUACCAACUGGUAUAACUCAUCACAGCUCAACAGUUUUACAUGGAAAUGCCAAUAAAGUUACACCAAUUCUUGCACCAGCCAUCAAAACUCGUUAUGAACCAACAGUAAGAACUUACGAAAAACAAUUCAUCGAAAAAGUACCAGUAGUUGAAUCAUAUGUAGAACCAACUUUAGUUAAAACUGUACAUGAACCAACUCUCAUUAAAUCUUAUGAAGCUCCAACACUUUUAAAAACUGAAACACCAACAUUUGUAAAAUCAUUUGAAACUCCAACACUUUUGAAAACUUUGCCAGAAGCACCACUCUUAAGAUCAUAUGAAGCACCAACACUUUUGAAAUCUUUUGAAGGAUCAAGUCACUUAAAAUCUUUCGAAACACCAACUCUCUUAAGAUCAUUCGAACAUCCAACUCUCUUAAAAUCUUUUGAAGCACCAACUCUUUUAAAAUCAUUCGAAGGACAUGGAAUCGUUGAACAUCGUGAUUCACCAUUUGUGUUCCAUGAACGUUUUGAAGCACCAAAAGUUAGGUCUUUAAUUUCACACAAUGAUGCUGUUAUUGUUGAUGCCCCAUCAUUCCCAGCUCCAUGCCUUAAUUGUGGUCAUGCUUUCAUUGAAGGGCGUUCAUUCGAACACCCAAAAAUUAUUGAAACUAGCAAAUGGUAAAUUAAAAUAAAUUAAUUACCAAAUUUUAGAAAUAAAAUGUUAUGUUUUUUGCCUAAAGAU